UUCUACCUGUAACUGGUAAGCUGGAUGUUUGACUGCUCUAUCCCCUUGCAACCAGGGGUCAUGCCAGCUGGACACACUCUCCUUCCGGGGCCCCUGGCACCAGGAGGGCACUGAGACCACAGCUUUUGAGACCCUGAACCCAGGUUUGAGUCUGUGUCUCAACGGUGCUGCUCAAGGACGGCCUCCCAUGGCAAUGAUCUCCUCAUUGCUCCUGGCCUUUCUAUUCCUGGCUCCAGCCACGGUAGCCACUCCCCAAGCUGACAGUCAGUGUCCGGCAUGUGGGGGGCCUACCUUGGACCUGGAAAGCCAGCGGGACCUUCUUCUUAACCUGGCCAAGAGAAGCAUAUUGGACAAACUGCACCUCACCCAGCGCCCAACACUGAGCCAGCCUGUGUCCAGAGCUGCUCUGAGGACUGUGCUGCAGGGCCUCCACGGGCCCCCACAGGGGGUUCUUCCAGAGGCUGACAGGGCACAGGAGUAUGAGAUCAUCAGCUUUGCUGAAACAGGCCUCUCCAACAUUGACCAGACGCGCCUUGAUUUCCACUUCCCCUCUGAUAGAACCUCUGGUAGCCUGGAGGUCCAGCAGGCCAGCCUCAUGUUCUUUGUGCAGCUCCCUCCCAAUGCCACCUGGACUUUGAAGGUGAGGGUCCUUGAGCUUGGCCCCCAUGGUACCAAUCUCACCUUGGCCACUCAGCACCCACUGGAGGUAAAUAACAGUGGUUGGCACCAGCUCCUCCUGGGACCUAAAGCUCAGGCUGCCUACAGCCGGGGACACCUGAUCCUGGAGCUGGUCCCUGAAGGCCAGGUAGCCUGGAACUCAGUCAUCCUGGAUGGGGCUGCCCACAGGCCUUUUGUGACAGCCCGGGUGAGAGUUGGAGGCAAGCACCGGGUUCGCCGGCGAGGCAUCGACUGCCAGGGUAGGUCCAGGAUGUGCUGUCGACAAGAGUUCUUUGUGGAUUUCCGUGAGAUUGGCUGGCACGACUGGAUCAUCCAGCCUGAGGGCUAUGCGAUGAACUUCUGCACAGGGCAUUGCCCCCUGCACGUGGCUGGUGUGCCCGGCAUUGCUGCCUCCUUUCACACGGCGGUGCUCAAUCUUCUCAAGGCCAACACUGCUGCAGGCACCACUGGAGGGGGUUCAUGCUGCGUGCCCACCGCCCGGCGCCCCCUGUCUCUGCUCUACUAUGACAAGGACAGCAACAUUGUCAAGACUGACAUACCUGACAUGGUGGUAGAGGCCUGUGGGUGCAGUUAGUCCACAUGUGGUAGAGGCAGCCCAUGGUGGGGAAUCGUGUCCUGACAGAGAUGCUCUUCCUUGAGAAGGGGGAGUAGCCUCGUUACUGCCUCUGUCCAGAAAUGGAUUCCCUCUUCCUAAACAACUUAUAAAAAGUAUCCCAACUUGG